AUCCGCGUUUUUGAGCUUUUACGCAAGGUAACAUUUUGCGUUCCACAGUUUUCAUUUUGGAAUUAUUUACGUACAUGAUUUACUUUGAAACUAGUCACAGUAAAUAACAAUAUUUUUUUUCAUAAUUAAGAAAAUGUUUAAACAAUCAUUAAAGCUGUGGACAUCAGUAAAUCAUAUAUCAAGUUUGUUGAAAUGUCCCACUUAUUGUACACAAACAAAUGUUAAACAUAAAUGGGAUUUAUUGAGUGCAGUUUGUGUGGAAAGACAUCCACUAAUUAGUACUCCAAAAUCGAAAAUAGAAGAAGCUUAUCAGGACUUACUCAAUCAAAUAGAAUUCGAGCAAAGUUUUCUUUGUGAUCAUGAAUUAAAAAUACAAGCUGAAUUAGAAACUAAAGAAAAAUUGAAAAAAGGAUUAAAUAUUCUAGAUCCAGAUGAUGUUUCAAUUGAAAAAGCUUCAGAUAUUGAAGAUAAAGGCGAUGCUGAAUUAGAAGCAUUUAAAUUUUCACCAAGAAUUACGGAAGCUGAUACGAAAAAUAUUCAAACAUCUUUAGAAAGAAAGCUUGAUAAACCUUUGUUGUUAGUUGUACAACAACAAGUUGGGGACAAACUUUUUUGGUUGCCUCCUCAAGGAGUUAGACAAGAAGGAGAAAAUAUGAGACAAACCGCGGAUCGAGUGUUGAAAACUCUAUGUGGAGACAAUGUAAACAUAAAAAUUUAUGGUAAUGCACCAGUUGGAUUUUAUAAAUAUGCAUAUCCAAGACCGAUGAGAGAAACUGGUAAAUUUGGAGCAAAAAUCUUUUACUACAUCGGAAAAUAUAUUGAUGGAGAAGUGUCGAAUACAGCGAAAUAUUUAUGGUUAGAUCGACAAGAGUUAGCAGAUAAUCUACCAAAGCCAAUUCAUAAAAGUGUUUCUAAAUUUCUGAUACCAGAACAAACACUUGAUUAUUAAGUGAAAAUUAAAUUUCAACGUAAGUUUUGUAAAUAAUUUAUAUUUAAAUACAUUUAAAUAGAAACUUUA